AUGGGCGGUAAAAUCGACUGCUAUUUGGACAUUGCGUCUCUGUAUAGCUACUUGAUUUUUCUGGAUUUACAGAGGAAUCGCGAGCUGCUAGCUUCCCACAAUGUAACGGUUGAACUCCACCCCGUCUUCCUCGGCGCCAUCAACGUCGGCUCAGGUAACAAACCCCCCUGGACCCUCCCCGCCAAAGCCCUCUACGGCGUCCACGACGCCCGCCGCUCCAUCGCCCGCCACACCCCGAACCCCCCCUCCAUCUCUUUCCCGCCCGACCUCAUGAAAACAGGCAUGACUGUCGCCCCUCUCCGCUGCCUCCACUACAUCAAAUCCCACUACCCCGAACCUGUUUUCCUCGCUGCUUUUCACGCGCUGUUUCGGGCGUUUUGGGCACCGCCGAAUGCGGAUUUGACGCGGUUGGAGGCUGUCGCGGGGGUGUUAGGGGGGGCUGAGGGGGAUGGGAAUGGGAAGGUGGGGAAGAAGUUGUUUGGGGAGGGACAGGUGAAGGAGAUUGUGGAGGCUGCGGGGACGGAGGAGAUGAAGGGGGUGUUGAAACGGACGACGCAGGAGGCGUUGGAUAAGGGGGCUUUUGGGGCGCCGUGGUUGUGGGUUGUUAAUGGGAAGGGGGAGGGAGAGCCGUUUUUUGGGAGUGAUCGAUUCCACUUUGUGUACGAGUUUCUGGGACUACCGUAUACGGACGUGACGCUAUUGCCGCCGGGCGCGCAGAAGGGAAAGCUUUGA